AUGUACCGGCCGUUCCUUAAGUGUUCCCCCUUCCGUCCCCUCUUCCCCUCCUUCUCUCGUCUCCGCGUUCGCUCUUCCUCCCCCCCCCUUCUCCCCCCUCCAACACCGGACCGCCGCCAGUCGAUGUACGUGCGGGCCAAGCGGCGGGCGACCACCUACUUCCUCUACUGCGAGCCUUCGCAGAAGGUGCUGCAGGUGAAGCAGAACCUGGAGGUGCUGUGCGGACAGGCGGCGGGCGACAUUCGGCUCGUGCUGCUGCACAGCAACGCCACGCUUGACGACAACAGAUCGCUCGCAGAGCAGCGGGUGGAGAAUGAUGCAGUGGUGGCACUCACAUACCGCCUCUCAGCUUCUGUUACCGUACCUUGCCGCCCCACUGGUCCACCUUUCCUCCAACACUUGCCAAUAUCCCUACCCCCCUCACUCCCCACUCCCUCUGUGUGCCUGCCUAUGCGCCUGCUGCCCUGUCUGCCUGUGUGUGUGCAUGCAGACGACGAGUGGGAGCCGGUGUGCAUAGACAAACCUGAUGAUGGCGCAGCAGACAUGGACCACAUGGGCUGA